UAUUUGAAGCAACUGAGUAUCUUUCAAGUAGCUCAUAUCCAACUAUUUCAGAUAUUCGUUUGGUUAUUGGUGGACUUAUUCGACACUUUGAAAAAUUUAUUAAUGAAGGAACACAUUUAGAUGAAGAUUGUAUGUUUGCAGAUUCUAUUCGGUUUAAGUUAAAUGAAUAUUGGUUACUUUUUGAUAAAACAGUUACAAUAGCAACAAUUCUUGAUUCAUCAUCAAAACUUAAAACAUUUAUAUCGGAGGAAAAAAAAAUUGCAGCUAUUACUAGUUUAC